AUGUGCAUUUUUUUUCCCUACAAAAUGGCACUAAAAUCGACCGAUACACAAGAUUCCACACCGGACUCCUCAGAGAAAUCAGAGUUAAACUCCGAGUCUGAGUCACCCGAUGUGAAGGUGAAAAAGGAUACAUUAACAUCCAAGAAGGACCGGAGAAAAGGCAAAAAAAUUAUACCUAAGGAUGCAAAUCUUCUCAAAAAUAUACCUGAAGAGCACUAUUUCAGUGAUGUGUCUGGUGUCUACUACCACUUCAAGAAGAUGGAAUGGCGAACGAUUUGCAAGGACCCUUUUAACAACUCUAAGAGAUCUCAGAAGACAUUUGGCAUUAACAAGUACGGUUUCUACGAGGCUAAACGCAGGGCUGAGAACAAGGCUUUUGAAAUCACUGAAAGGAAUCACAUCUCGAAGGUUCUGAGCGCCUGUAACCAGAAUCUCUUUUCCGAAAACCACCUCUGCCAGAUACCUUCUUACCCUUCUACUUCUUAUACCAAUUCUCAACUCGAUAAUGCUAACAAUAUUUCCCUCAAAAACGUUUUUGAUAAUAGCCCUUACAGUGGCAAAAUGCCUCCAAACUACAACAAUUAUAGUUGCCAUAACGGCAAUUUUAUGGUUUAUCAUUUAAAUGACACCACUGCUUUGAACAACUUACCACAACCUGUACCAUAUGGUCCAAUUCCAGCUGUAAAUAAUAGGUUUUACCACUCAGUUCCUCACUCAAUGCCCUGCCCUCUCCUCUCAAUGGAUAACACCAAAACCUGUUUAGCCAACAAUACCCACACUUAA